GAAACCAACUUCGACUAAAACGAAUGGAUGAUUCUAAACAGGCUAACUAUAAAUUCAAAGGCUUUUCUUCCACGACUGAGAGUAUCAAGUCAGAGCAUAAGGACGUCGGUGCCAAUGAAAAUAACAAAAUAGACAAAGAAGAAACCACAUUCAGCAUCUUCAAUGAGGGAGCAUGUGGAGAACCCUGUAGGACACAGCACUUAAUCAUAGACUUUACUCCAACAGAACAAGAUGAAUGUGAUGUUCUUUUGAAGAAAUGUUGUGAUUUCUUUGAUUAUAUUAAUAGUCGAAAUGAGUUAGUGCAGAUGAAGGUUAAACCGGAUCCAGCGUUCGAGAAUAAAGUAGAUUUCAGUGAAUCCGAGCUAACUAUUUCUUCAGUAUCUUCAAUAGAGCAGCCUCUUCCAACCCACAUUUUGGCCCGUUCAGCCGUUUCGGUGCUUGAAAUGGUCGAGAAAGAUGAUUUGAUCAAGCGUGCUUUCGAGGCCAAAAUGCCGCAGUCGAAAUGUUCUUUAGGUCUUGAAGAUUACAGCGUAAAUGAUUAUGGACUAAAGAAAUUUCCCAAAGUAUGUACGUGUGAUGCGACUUGUCCAAAAUGCAAAAAGAAACCUUUGAAAAAAAAGAAAAUGAUUGCUCCAUAUACAGCUGACGCUAUAAAUCUUUGUCGAAACUUGGAUAACUGGGACGAACAACAUCCUAAGCAGAUGGAAAGCCCCGUGGGGCCUCCUUCACUUAUCAACGCCGUGCUGCAACGGAUUGAACCAGCUGAUUAAGCGUUACGAGAUUUACAUAUGUCUAUCUAUUUGGGACGCCAGUUUUCUGCCUUGUAACCUAAUUUGUAUUUUAAUUUAGUUUCUUGUGUAGAUUUCUUCAUGUUAGUC